GUGUAUGUGUUUUGAGACAAAACUGUGUGUGUGUGUGAACUGUCAAAAAUCACUAAAAAUGACGAAAUCAAAAUAAAUUCUCACAUUUAAACAAUUAAUUUUCAUUCACCGUCAAAGUAUUCAGUUUAAUAAUAACCAAAAUUCUUUUCCGCGAAUCAGUGAAAAUCGUUUCUUUAAAAAAAAAUGUCUCUCAAAGUAAAACCUAACCUCAAACGUCAUGAGAAUUUUUCUUUCAAAUUAUUAUUUUCCAAUAUUAUGUAGCAUUUCUCUCUUUUUUUUCGGGGGAAAAAAAAAAAAAAUACUUUUGAAAAAUAAUUUUUCAAAAUACAAUGAAAAAUUAUAAAUGACAUAAAAAAAGUUAUUAUCAUUUUUUUUGUUCUUUACAAAUUUUUUUGUUUAUGACGAAAAAAAAAAGAAGAAGAAAAGUGUUCGUGUGAAAAUCUAUAAAAAAAAAUAAAGAAAUGAGUGUCUUAAUGCGUUGUCCGGGUAUUUAUUGUGGUCGUGAAUUAUUUAUCGAUGGCAAUUGGAGUGAUUGUGGUGCGUGUCCCCGUGGUUAUAGGACAAAUUUAUCAUCGGCAUGCGUUCCAUGUGAGGAUACACCAGUCUUUUAUGAUUGGCUUUAUCUUGGUUUUAUUGCAAUAUUUGCACUUGUUUUACAUUGGUUUUGUAUUGAUAUGGUUGCAAUGAGACGUAAUAUACCAAAAGAAGUUAUUGCAUUACAUUGUUCGGCAAUUAUUGAAAUAAUUACAGCAUCAAUUAUUACAUUACAAUUAAUUGAUCCAAUUGGAUCAUUUAAUAUUCGUUCGUGUCGAACACAAAAAUUAUCCGAUUGGUAUACAUUGUUGCACAAUCCAACGCCAAAUUAUGAAAAAACUCUUCACUGUACACAGGAGGCGGUUUAUCCACUAUAUACAAUGGUGUUUAUAUUUUAUGCAUUUGGAAUUUUAAUAAUGCUUCUACUAAGGCCGUUGAUAGCGAGAAAAUUUCUACCAAAACAGGGAAAAUUUUCAAUUUACGCGGCAUUAUAUUUUUUUCCAAUUUUUGCAUUAUUUCAUGCAAUUGGAGGUGGACUUAUAUAUCAUUCGUUUCCAUAUAUCACAAUUGUGUUGUCUGCUCUCUCAAACGCGGCGCAUUUUGCUUUCAAACUAAAUCAGACAAUGAAAUCGUUGAUCUUCAGUUCGGUUUCGGAUGUGAAAAAUAUAAUAGUUAUAGUUGGCCAUUGGCUUUUACAUGGCUAUGGUGUAAUGUCAGCGGCAACACUUCAUGGAAUUACACUUCAUCCGGCAAUGUUAAUUUUAGUUCCAUUGCCAGCGUUAUUUUACAUUCUCACUGCCAGGUUUACUGAUCCACAUAGACUUCAGGAGAAAUGAUGAAAUGAACUUUUUAUUAUUAUUAUUAUCAUUGCAAACGAAUAAAAAAAAAAGAGUUCCAUUUCUUGUA